AUGUCUUGGGCGUCUCUCGAUCGGACCAGGGAGGAGUAUGAAAAGAAAGUUCAGGAGGAUGAGGCACUAUUGGCAACAGUUAUCUCAAGGCUGCUGAGAAAUAAGAAAAUCCUGAAACAGGCAAAUGAGCGUGCUAAGGCAAAAGCAAUGUGCCUGGCGUCGGAGAUGAUUGAGUCUGGCGAAUUGGAUAUGGCUGAAGAUAUCGUCGAUUGUCCCGUGAGGACAAUUGGUAUGAGUCUGUCUCCCACUGUACUCGUCGCCCCUCGUUGUUCGCCGGUGUCGCACAAUCUGUUCGACUUCCCAUUCGGUUUCUCCAUCAGUUUGGUAGUGAAAGUCCUUCUGGACUGGGGUCCUAGGGUCGGCUGGUUCCAAUAA